AUGAGUGAAGAUCAACCUGAACAAUCUGUUAAAGGUCAAUUUAGGGUUGAAGAUGGUGAACUUGUAUUAUCUGACAAUGAAAAUCAGGAUGAAAAGCCAGGUGGUAGCCCAGGAAUAUCAAAUUCCCGUAAAAGCCGACGCAAACAAACGUUUGAAAGACGCAAUAUCAAGAAAGUUAAAGAGGAUGGUCUUAGCGAAGAAGCCAAAGCAGCUCAAAAGGCUGAAAUGGAACGAAGACAGCGACUUGUUAAUAAGGAGAAAGGAGAUCAAGUCCGUUUCUCCAAUAUCGAUUUUCUUCUAAAUGACUCAUCAACAUCUCCUGGUCUUCUGAAGUGUUCAGAUGGUAAUUUUGAAUCAGAACUUCAAGAAACUGCUCCCCUGUGUAAGAAAGAAAGAAAAUAUGAAUCUGAUGCUGAAGAAUGCAAUUCCUUAGAUAAUGGUUCAACUAUUGAUAGUCAACAAAGCCCAAUUGAAAUAGCCGAAAAAGACUCAAAACAUGCUCCUUUAGAUACUCUCACUAAUGGAGAGAAGCAAUCACCUUUUAACAAUUCAUGUUCUGGUGCUGAAUCAGAGCAAAAACGUGCUGUCAGAUCGGCUUCUGCUUCACUUUUUGGUUCCACAUGGAGUGAUUUACAAUCUCUGCGUAUGGGUCAGUCACAGGAUGAUGCAAUUUUACUAGGGGAUUCUGAUGAUGAACAGCUCGAUGAUUCUAAUGUCAUUGAAGUCAGCGAUGGGGAGGAAGAAGGCGAAGGUGAAGAAGAAGAACCAGAAGUGGAAGUUGAAGAAGAAAUCUGUGAAAUACAAGACGCCGAUAAUUUAGCUGAUAUUGAUGGCAAGAUUAUUAUUAAUACAUCACGUGAUCAGGAGGAAGAACCAGAAAUUGUAUUAUGCCCUCAAAUGGCCAGAGUGAUUAAACCACAUCAGGUUAGCGGUAUACGCUUUUUAUACGACAAUGUUGUCGAAAGUGUGAAACGAUUUCAAACAACCGAAGGAUUCGGUUGUAUCUUAGCGCAUAGUAUGGGUUUGGGUAAAACCAUUCAGAUUAUCGGAUUUCUUGACAUAUUAUUUCGUUUUUGUCAAGCUCAAAGAGUACUCGUCAUCGUCCCGAUCAAUACGAUACAGAAUUGGCAAGCCGAGUUUGAAUUAUGGUUACCAACUGAUUUGUCAAGUAUUGCAACAAAUAAAAAAUUCAAAGCUUUUCAUCAUUUUUCAAUGCCAAAAUCAACUCAUUAUCAACAAGAAUCAAAGCCUCAGAUGCAAUCGCCUACUACUGAUCAUCAUCAGGUAGACGCAUCGAACUGUGGUGAAUCAAAUGCUGCUGCUGCUGCUCCUCCUCCUCCGCCUACUAGUCCUAAGACAACAGAGGCCAGCUUGGAAGAACAAAUGUGGUCUUCUAUGUUUGAAUCACAUGAUAAGACUGAAGAAUCACAUCAUGAUAUGCUGCAUCAAGAAGGGGAUUUUGGCGAAUCCACUGAUCCUAACUUUUCUCUGCUUAGUAGUAGUAGCCUUCGACCGUUCAAAUUGUUCGUCGUUCGAGAUACAGUGAAAACAAUGAGUCAACGACAUCAAAUUAUUCAACAAUGGUUUGAAGAAGGCGGUGUCCUACUGUUAGGCUAUGAAAUGUUUCGUUUACUUUUAAAUCAAAAACGUUUGAAUCCACCUUCAUUAUAUACAACUACAAGAGUUGAUGUACGAAUGCCUAAACGUCGAAAAAAGGAGAUUUGUAUUGAUAUUGAAAAGGAGGAGAAACGCGAAAAAAUGUGGGCAGAUUUUCAUACAGCCCUUCUGGAUCCCGGUCCUCAACUUGUCAUCUGUGAUGAAGGUCAUCGAAUUAAAAACAGUGAAGCGUCUAUAUCAAAAGCUUUAAAAGCGAUUAAAACACAUCGACGUGUAGUACUCACUGGGUAUCCACUUCAAAAUAAUCUUAUGGAAUAUUGGUGUAUGGUUGACUUUGUUCGACCUAACUAUCUGGGGACAAAACAAGAAUUUACAAAUAUGUUUCAACGACCUAUUGAAAAUGGUCAGUGUAUUGACAGUACACCGGAGGAUCGUAAAGUGAUGCAGGGGCGAGCACAUGUCCUACAUGAUCUACUGUCAGGUUUUGUCCAACGACGUUCACAUGCUGUUCUCAAGGCUAGUCUACCGCCAAAAACAGAAAUCGUCCUGUUGAUUAAAUUAUCCCCAUUGCAACGUACAUUGUAUGCAGCAUUUAUGCGUAGUCUAGGCUCAAGUGGUCCACUCGGUUGGGCUCAAGUGAAUACAUUGAAGACGUAUGCAAUGUGCUGUAAAAUAUGGAAUCAUCCUGAUAUCUUACGUCGUGCAAUGGAAGAGCAUAAAGAAGCAAUGGAUUUCGAUAUAGAGGAUUCUGCAGCGGCGGCGGCGGCAAAUAAUAAUAACAGCACCAAUAAUAGUAACCCAAACUCAGUGUCUUCCACUAGCGGUCGACCAUAUCACCGGUCGAAUAGUACAGCUUCAAUAAUAACCAAUCAUAAUGAGCCACAACAAUCUUGGAUUGGUGGAGAUGCUAAUUCAAUGUCAUCAGCUGAACAAACGCUUAGUAGUAGUAGUGGUGGUCAUAUGUCAAAUUCAGCAAAUAACUCUGUAUAUUCUGUGCCCGAGUCUCCUAUACCAAUGGCGGCGGCGUAUAUGCCCCAGAAUCCCCAAUUUUCUGUGCCCACAACUGUUGGCACACAGCCAAAUUCUGGACAAAUGAUGAACACAAUGACAACACCACCAACUACUACUACCACUAAUCUAGGAUAUUUUUAUAAUCAAAUUACUUCAUCACAUCAAGCCACUGUUGGAACCUACGAUUGGGCUAGUGAUCAAGAUUUAUGGGGUGAAAAUUUCCAGUCGGGUAAUGUAGAACACAGUGGGAAAGUUCUCCUCUUCUUAGAUAUUCUAAAAGGCAGUGUUCUAGCCGGUGAUAAAUUAUUAGUUUUUACACAAAGUUUAUACACACUGGAUUUAUUAGAACGUAUAUUACGUCAUCUGCCAUUGCCAAUUGCUGGUAAAUCAGACACGAAGGAGAAUGAAUCAUCUGCUUCUUCUUCGUCAAUGAAACUGGAAGAGAUCAAUAAAUCUGCACAGUCUGAUGAAUCUGCUGCUGUUUACAAUCAUGAAAAUUCCAGUGAUGACCAUAACAAUCAAUGUUCAGGGGAUAAUUUGAAAGAAACGACAAUGUAUGAUUUGGAUUUAGACCGACAACAACAAGAACAACAACCACAGCAACAGACGAUGAACACGGAGGAUCCAUCAGGAAAUGAUGACUUGAAAGGAGGAGAAGCAGCAGCAGCAAAUGAAGAGGAAGAAGAAACUCUUAGGUCUUUACAUUAUAGACUGUCAACACGACGUGGUCGUUGUGAUGAACCAACUGUUUGGACACGAAAUGUUCAUUAUUUCCGCUUAGACGGUAGUACAAAUGCAAGUGAACGUGAGAAACUCAUUAAUAACUUUAAUGAUCCUAAAAAUCCAGCGAAAUUGUUUCUUAUGUCAACUAGAGCUGGUUGCCUAGGCGUCAACUUGAUUGGUGCAAAUCGUGUUGUUGUUUUCGAUGCCUCCUGGAAUCCAUGUCAUGAUUGUCAAGCUGUUUGUCGUGUUUAUCGUUAUGGUCAAGUGAAACCGUGUUAUAUUUAUCGUCUUGUCUCAGAUAAUACAAUGGAGAAGAAAAUUUAUGAUCGUCAGGUAACUAAACAGGGUAUGUCAGAUCGUGUUGUAGAUGAAUUGAAUCCAAGUCAACAGUUUACCCGAUCACAAGUUGAGCUAUUAAUGUCUUUUGAAGAUAAAGACAUGGAGACUAUAACAGAUGAAGACUUGAAACAGUGUGAAGAUAUUAUUCAACCCGAUCCAAUACUUACGGAUGUAUUAAAGAAGCAUGCAAAAUGGAUAACUAAACGACCAUUUACACAUGAAUCUUUAUUGAUUGAUCGUAAAGAUUAUCGUUUAACGCGUGUAGAAAAACGUAUGGCUCGUCAACGUUAUGAACAAGAGAAACGCUUAAGUUUAAGUUAUCAACAAGCUCAUUUAUUUCAACUACAACAAAUGCAAUUAUUACAACAGCAACAACAACAAUUACUUGCAGCUGGAAUUAAUCCUUCACUAGUGGAUACAACUCGCCUAUACAACUCACGUACUCCUAAUAUCCUCUCUCGAAGUACUAUCAAUUAUCGACCUACUUAUACUAGUGGUAUGGCUGCUUUGGAUGCUAUGCGUCAAGUUGAUCGACAAGCACGUCUACGAAUGCUACAGAAAGACUUGGAUGAAGCACGUCGACGUUGUGGUUAUGCCAAACCUGAUGGUCUUAACAAGAUCACUGACUCACCUGAAUGUAAGGUGACUCGAAUUGUAGCCAAUACAGAUCUCUUUUUUCCAUCAACAACCAAUUCAACUACUACACAACGUAAAAUACCUAAAGGUGAAGUACUCGAAGUGAUUCAAACCCCAAAGGCGAAAUAUUUACGUAUAAGUCGUACUGGAGAUUUAUUUAUUGUCAAGACUAGUGGAGCGAACAGUACACCAGCGUCAACUACUGACGCUAGUGCUAGUGCGAGUAGUGGUAGUACUAGUCUACCUACUGCUGAUAGUCAAGCGAAUUGUACACCCAGUACAGUGGAUAGUCAAACACCUUCCACAGACCCUGUCAGUGUAUCUGGCCAGAAUUCAUCCGCUCAAUCUGUACAACAGUCUACAGUUAUUAGUGGUAGUUGUAGUAGUAGUACUGCGGGAAUUGGUAACACUGUCCCUUCAUCGUCGGCGUUCACAGUGAAUCCUAACAAUAACAAUAAUAAUAAUAAUAAUUCUACAGCAAAUUAUGAAAAACAUCAGAAUCCUCUGACACAUCAGAAACGAUCUUAUUCUGAUUCGAAUACUGCCGCCUCUGGAGUAUAUCAUUCACAAAAUAAACCAGAAAUGAAUGUCUCAAAUCAUCAAUCAAUGCCAUAUGCAAAUAAUAAUCAACCUUUCAACUACUCCCAGUCGUAUAAUCGAUCCGAGGCGAGUGUAUUUCAACAGCCAACUACUGUUAGUGAAGCGUCGUCUACUGUUGCCUAUACGUCGCCGAAACGUGCUCAUUCAUCGAAUGAAACAUUCGCCUCGGGUGAUUUACGCGGUAAAGAUUCGUCAAAUUAUCAAAAUCAAAUGAUAAAUCGACGUGAUAAUAAUAAUAAUAGUAAUAAUAAUAAUAAUAAUAUGAAAAAGGAUAACAAUAGUAAUACUAGUGGGAAUAGUGGUAUAACCUAUCCAAAUCAUACAUUCUCUUCCCAGGAUCCUUUCCAAUCACAUUUACAACGUGGCAGUCAAUCGGGAGAAUUAUCUUGGCCUUGUUCAACCUGUGGGCGUACGCUGGCUACUGGUUGUACUUGUCGUAUGAAUUCACUGAACACCACCCCUUUAAGAAAUACGACUAGCACUACGAGUACUACGAAUGCUGGUGUUACUAAUCCACCAUCUUCAGUGAAUGAUGACAGCAAUGUCCAGUCGUCGUCGGUGGCGGCGGCAGCCUCGUCGAGAUUUAGAUCUUUCAAUGAUACUCCACGUCAAGAGUCAUUUCAUCAAUCAAAUCCUAUGAAUAAUCCGAAGAAGAAUUUCCCAUCAACUACAAAUUAUCAAUCGAAUGUUGUUAGUGUUCCGUAUUAUCAGUCGCCUCAAAAUGCUCCUCCCCAGUCGGCAUCUUCAUCUUCUUCUUCGUCGACAGCGCAUCGACAGUUGCAACAACAGCAACAGCAGCAACAACAACAGCAUCAGUAUUUACGUGCAGCUGAAGAUAUUGCACGUCAGUCAGCUUUAACAGCUGCUGCCAAUACCAGCAAUAAUCCAGUGAAUGCCUAUCAGUCAAUAUAUCAAAAUCAAUCAAGGCUGAAUAGUGGGAAUACUACUGAUGCGAAUAUCAGUAGUAGUAAUAGUAGUGCUAAUAGUAAUAAUAGUCAGCAACAGCAUGUCCAAUUGCCUAGUCAUAAUCCGAAUACUUUACAAAGUCAUGUAUCAAUGAUGCAAGAUUAUUUUUCGCAACUAACAAAUCAACGUCCACAACUUACCGCGGUUGCAUCGUCGCCGGCAGUACCAGUAGGAGCCGCCGCCGCCGCUGCUGCCACCGGUUCGUUUGAUUUACAACGAUCUCCGUUCAGGGAACAGCAGCAGCAGCAACAACAACCAUCGCUAGCACCACCAUCAACACCGUCGCAUGCUGUAGCUGCAGCGAUGCAACAAUAUCUAGCGCAUAACAGUCAACAAACCGGUCACAGUCAUCAGACUCCCACUCCUACGACUGCUAAUAAUAAUAAUAAUAACCAUGCUCAAACUGUUCAAGAUAAUAAUAAUUUAAGAUUACAGUUUAAUAAUUCCGCUGUACAAUAUCAACAAUUUCAGUUAGCCGCCGCUGCUAAAGAACAACAACAACGUCUGCAACUGCAACAGCAGCAACAACAACAACAACUAUUAUUACAACAACAACAGCAGCAACAGCAAUUACAACUCCAACAGCAACAACAACAGCGUCAACAAGCUCAAAAUAUCGCUGCACAUAUUGAUCGAAGUUCUACAUCUGCCGCAUCCGCCCCUUCAUCAUCAUCAUCAUCACAUGCUGCUGCGGUAUUCAAUCACUUACAUUCACAAGCUUUUCCGAAUUUUCAUUUUCCACAGUUUUAA